AUGCAACAAUCUCUUCGAAAAAGUUACAGUUUAACCAAACAUUCUUGUCCCUUUUUAUUAAGUAAAAGAAAAUUAUCUUCUUCGAAUAUUAAAAAUAAACAAAAUGAAGAAUUUUCUUCAACUUAUAAAAUAAAAAAUCAAUUCGGUUUCGAAAAAGUGCAAUCAGACGAAAAGCAAAAUAGAGUUGACAAUGUUUUUAAAUCUGUGGCCGAUAAAUACGAUUUAAUGAACGAUGCCAUGAGUUUUGGAAUCCACAGAAUUUGGAAAGAUAUUUUUGUAGAGCGAUUAUCACCUACCGGUGGCACUAAAUUACUUGACGUAGCCGGUGGCACUGGAGAUAUCAGUUUUAGGUUCCUCAGAUAUGUACAAAAAAAAUCACCUGAGAGUUUUGUAAGUGUUUGUGACAUAAAUCCUAAAAUGUUAGAAAUUGGAAAAAGUAAAUCGAUGAAGUUAGAUUAUUGCAAAAACAGAAUGGAAUGGGUAGAAGCAAAUGCUGAAGAACUUCCUUUUAAAGACAAAACUUAUGAUGCAUAUACAGUAGCCUUUGGAAUUAGAAAUGUGACUGACAUUAAUAAAGUAUUGGAUGAAGCCUACAGAGUUUUAAAACCAGGAGGAAGAUUUUUGUGUUUAGAAUUUAGUGAAGUUAAUAAUGAAUAUUUGAAAUGGUUGUACGAUCAAUAUUCUUUUCAAGUAAUUCCAGCACUAGGAGAACUCAUCGCAGGAGAAUGGAAAGCUUAUCAAUAUUUAGUCGAAAGUAUUAGAAAUUUUCCAAAUCAAGAAAGUUUUAAAGAAUUAAUAGAAAAUGCAGGUUUCAGAAUGGUUACUUAUGAAAAUUUAACAUUUGGAUUACUACUCGACAAUGAUUAG